AAUUCUUAAGUAUUUAAUUUAGCAUUAUUGGUUUUUAAUUAUUGUUAAGGAAAAGACCUUUUCAAAACGAAUUAUUGACUUGCUUGUUUAGGCGACAAACUGAUAUUAAAAAAGAAGUAGAUUUUAUUGAUACAAUUUUAAAGUUCUGUUAGUUUUUAUCCAAAUAAUAACAUUAUUUAAUUCAUUCAUAUCAUUCAGACAGAAUAGAUAUGGAGCAAAUACUCGUUAAGGAAGAAAUCGACAUCCAAAAUGAUUUAUUGUGGAAUAUAGACAUUAAACAAGAAUUAAAUGAGGAAGCACCUAAGACCUUCUUUCAAAAUGAAAUGAAUAACACAGACAUAAAACAAGAAUUGUGUGACGAGGUGGAUACCGUAAUUUUUCAAAAUGUGAAAAUUAAACAAGAAAUUGAUGAAGAUAUAAACACGGUGCAAAUAUUGGAAGAGUCUAAAUUUGCAAAUGGAAUGAAGGGAUAUGGGUCUUAUAGAUUUGACAUGCAUAACAUCAAAAGAAAAUUUAAAAGACUUCUAAAAAAUUGGAAACCCUGGAAAGUAAAUACUAUUACUGGGAUUAUGAUAUGUGGGUUAUGUGGAUGUUUAUAUACAAAACGUAUAGAAUUACUACACCACUUUUUCACAAACCAUUGUGUAAAACAGAAGAAAUUGCUAAAUAAAAAGAAAUUCAACCAAAAAAAUGUGAGUUGCAAAAAGGAGGAACAAGUAAUUGACCUUUCUGUGUUCAGAAAUUUAAAGGACAAUGUAAAAAUUGAAAUAGUUGAAGAUGAUCUAAAACAAGAUGUCAGCUUAAAUAAUUAUUUCAAUGUAGAACGUCAGGAAUUGAGGAAAAGUAACGGAAAUUGGUGCAAUUACACCGAAGAAAAAUCAUUAAAAUGUGAAAUUUGUUCAAAAACCAUUUUGCAUAAAAAUAGUUUGGAUAAACAUUUUUCUAUUCACAUAGGAGGAAAGUCAAUCAAAUGCGGCGUUUGUUCAAAAACUUUUUCGCAGAAAAAUCAACUGAAUAAUCAUUUGCUCAGUCACAUAGGACAGAAGCCAUUCAAAUGUGACAUCUGUUCUAAACCUUUUUCACGUAAAGAUACUUUGAGUCACACUGGAGAAAAACCAUUCAAAUGUUAUAUUUGUUUGAAAAGUUUUUCACAGAAAAUUCAUUUGAAUAGACAUUCUCGUAGUCACACAGGACUAAAACCAUUCAAAUGUGAUAUUUGUUUAAAAACUUUCUCUCUGAAGGAUUCUUUGGAUAGUCAUAUGCGUAGUUACACAGGAGAAAAGCCAUUCAAAUGUGACAUUUGUUCCAAGUCUUUUGCGUCGAAAAAUAAUUUGAAAACCCAUUUACGUAGUCACACUGGAGAAAAGCCGUUCAAAUGUGACGUUUGUUUAAAAACUUUCUCCCAGAAAGGUAAUUUAAACAGACAUUAUCACAGUCAUCGGGGAAAUAAACAAUUAAAAUGUGAUUUGUUUGGAAACGUUUUCACAUAAAAUAGUUUGAAUAUCAAUUUUCAGUGAAGCCAAAGCAAAAAUUCAGUGUCAUAUUUGUUUGGAAACUUCUUUAAUAAAAAGGAAAGAGAAAUGAUUAAAUACAUUUUUGUUAACAAAAUAUAAUUAUUUAUUAUAUA